UUCUAUAAAAGCGCUUAAAAUUAAAAAAUUCAAUAUUAUUCACUGGCAAAUCUCAAACUUUCUAGUUCGCGAUUAUUUUUUCAACUAUCUGUACACAAAUUUCUUAAGCAAUAACAUGAGUCGGCGUAUUCUCGUAAAAGAUGGUGGUUUUGGAACCCAAAUGACUGUUCAUGUUGGCGAUGCUGUGGACGGCGAUCCAUUAUGGAGUGCUCGAUUUAAUUACACAAAUCCUACGGCUAUUGUAAAUACACAUUUAGAUUUCUUGCAAAAUGGAGCAGAUAUGAUUCUAACUAAUACCUACCAGACAAGCGUUGAAGGGUAUAUGGAACAUUUAGAUCUGGACGCUGCCCAGAGUCUGGAACUUAUAAAGAAAACUGUGCGUUUAGCCCAUGUAGCCAAGGAUAAAUAUUUGGCAGAAUGUUUUCAAGCCGGUUUAGAAAUAAACCCAGGCCUACCUUUGAUAAUUGCUUCAAUUGGUCCAUAUGGAGCACAUUUGCAUGAUGGCUCUGAAUACACUGGCGAAUAUGCGGACUAUUUGCCGGCAAAGGAAAUAACGGAUUGGCAUAAAGCACGAGUGGAUGCCUGUCUUGAAGCUGGCGUAGAUGCCUUAGCCAUUGAAACUAUACCUUGCCAAAUGGAAGCUGAAGCUCUUUGCGAAAUGUUAUGUGCUGAUUAUCCCAAUGUAAAGUUUUGGAUAGCCUUUCAGUGCAAAGAUGAACAAUCUUUGGCACAUGGUGAAGAUUUCGUAGAUGCGGCCCUUUCCGUCUGGGACAUUGUUAAGGAGCAUAAUGCUCAGAAAAAUUGUUUGGGCAUUGGGGUUAAUUGUGUGCAUCCGAAAUUCGUCACCUCUCUUAUUAAAUCACUUAAUGCUAACAAAGCCGAAGAAGACAGACUACCUUUGGUGGUGUAUCCAAACAGCGGGGAAAUUUAUGAUGUCAACAAAGGAUGGAUGGGAAAAGAACAUUGUAUACCUUUGGCAGAUUACGUUCGAGAAUGGGUGCAGUUGGGAACAAAAAUUAUUGGUGGAUGCUGUCGUACGUAUGCCCGAGAUAUACGACUAAUAAGUGAAGUUGUUACGACCCUCAAGUAAACAUAAGAAUAAUUAAAUUUAUACAUUUAUAUUGUUUAUGAUCUCUCCUUCCAACAAAAUAGUUUAAAAUUAUAAUGACCGAACCACAAUGCAAGUUAAUAGAUGCAAUAAAGAUUUUUUAAGUAAAAGUUAAA